AUGGCUGCUUCUUCGUUCCAUAUGAAGGUACCGGCGCACUAUCUGCCGGCCUACGUUGACAUUCGGCGACUCAAGAAACAACUUGAGGAACUCGUGCACAAUGCACAACGCCAACGCGCCACCGUCCGGCGCCGUCUAGAUAUUCUACAGAGGCCCCGAAUACUGCCCUCAGGCAUGACACAGAAGCCCACUUCGCCAGCAGCUGUAAGCGAGCAUCAAGAUGCGGAGCCCAUUUCGCCCCCAUCAGCGCCUGACCCGUCCCAUAGUCAAAAUAUGUUCUCCGCAGCAGCAGCCGCUGCCCGGGCUGACGAUGGAAUGGCUGGAUCAAGCCUGAGGGCUGAAGCAGAAACGCUCUCGCUGCUACCGGGUACGCUCACUGUUGAGCACAGAAUUGAGGACUCUUAUCGGAGUGCCGCUUGUAACGGGUUUGCCAUCGAUGUCGAAAUGUAUUUCAGUUCAUUAUGGUACUUCGUCCUCAUACCGGGGCACGGCAUUUCUGUGUACCUCAUGGCGACGCAGGAAGAAAGUCUUCAAGGAGAUGAAGAACAACUCAUUGAAGAACAAUCCGCUGGUAAGGUAGCUGCAUUUGGCAAGGUGAAGGUGCGUGCGCAGUGCUUAAUUGUGAGGCAUUUGCCAUUCCUCGUCUUCGGGACAUCUGACAAAGAGUUGGAGGCUUCAUUGCUUGGUCCGGAUGCUACUGCAGAAGGGCACAACAUUGGGGCCCUUAAUCUUGCACCCACACAGAUGGUGGCCUCAGUGUACUUUGAUAGUUCAAGUGCCUACAGCUACGAACGUCGCAUACGGAGGUUUGAAGGCGCCCAACUGCUGCGGUUUCGUUGGUAUGGCACCAACAACAAUGGCCCUGACGAGGACAUCUUCAUUGAACGGAAAACUCAUCACGAGUCUUGGAGCGGCAUGAGCAGCACUAAAGAGCGGUUUGUGGUCCCUCAGCGGUUGGUUGCGCCCUACAUGCUGCUUCAGCGAAGUGCUCGAGAUCUUUUGCUUGAGGCCUCGGGCUUCCAGUUGCCAUCAGUUGAUAGUGGAACAGCUUCAAAGCCCUCAAGCUCUCGUGAGCAUAGUGGCCACCCUUUUCUUGUGGCCAGUGAUGCUGAGGAAAGUGCCGCUGAUGCGUACAUUGCCAGAAAUGGAAAACUGAGAAAAGCCAUUGAGCUGGGGGAAGAGAUACAGCAGGCAAUCGCAGGACACAAUUUGCAACCGAUGCUGCGGACGAGUUACCUAAGAGCAGCCUUCCAACUGGCCACUUCAAAUGCCGUGCGUAUUUCCCUGGACACAAACCUGUGCAUGGUCAACGAGUACAGGCCGCAGAGGCAGGAAGAUGGCGGUUUCAAUUGGUGCCGGCUUGCAGACGAAUUGCUAGGCAGGGACGAAGUUGUGCGCUUUCCUUAUGCCAUUCUCGAAGUGAAGGUACAACAGCAACCGCCACCUGCUUGGGUGCAGUCGAUGCUCUUAUUAUCAGACGCGACACUGGUUUACAAGUUCUCCAAAUUUCAACACGGAAUGGCAUUUUUGCAUCGCGACAAGAUCUCCAGCGGGCUGCUGCCUCAUUGGUUGCAGAGUCCGCAAUCUGGGCAGCGCCAAAAGCACGAAGAACAGCUCUCAGCGUAUAAGAAGCGCAGUACACUUGGCGUGCCCCCACUAGGUGGUUCACUCUUUGAGUCGUUGCGCAAUAGCCCCGAUAGCCUUUUGACACCUCUAACCCGCAGUCUGGCGGAACAGCACGUGCCAAGGUUUUUGACUUCUGACGCUCUUGGAACAGAGAGGCGGAGCCUCUUCCCUGUAGGCGAAAGCGAAGCACUGGUCGCAGCCGAUGCAGACUGGGAGGAUAUGACGGCGACAGCUGCGCAGCGCACCUUUUUUUGGCUGAGGGCGCAACAAAAACUGCAGCUGCAACAGGCGCCACGGGCAAUUGGGCAGGAGGUGUCUGCUGAGGGGGAGUUUGAAGAUGACCGCCCCCGGGCAAACAGCGCCAGCAGUGCAGAUUCGGUGCGCCAGCGUUUGGCUCGCCGGCACAUUCGCACCGUCAAGAAGAUUGACCCCAAGACGUCCUUUGCAGCGGAGCGCACAUUUUUGCACUACAUCCAGAAGGGGCUUUACUUAGCAGGAGCAAGUCUUGCGCGAGUCGCAAAGGCAGGCGCAGCCAACGUGCAGCAACGCGUAGAUUCGCAAUGGGGGCCCUUGCUGGCGUUUUUCGCUGCCGGUGUGGCCACUUUUUUGGUGCUGGUUCUUCAGGUGGAUGUCAACUUAAGGAGUGUUUUGAAGCAUGAACAGGCAGAACAUUCAGCAGUCUACAGACAGAAGCGGCAUGCAGAACCGAAUUUGACGCGACAACGUGUGAACGAGCUGUAA